UUUGUUUACCCUAGGAUUAGUAGAGACGAGGGUUAAGGUGAUCUUUUCAGCACAAGAAAACCCACAACUCUUUUUCUUGCUUAUGACAAAUUCUCGAAUGAAAAAAUAACUUUAUAUUUAGAAUACUCCAAAACAAAAUAACUCAGGAUCACUUUAUAAUUAGUUCAAAAUGGCGGCAAUCUUGUCGCGAGCCUCAUUAUCCAGCCAAGAGUGCUGAGGCAGAAAUAAUCAUCUCACAGAGUUAGAGAUAUAACGAGAUGUAAGAACCUGAUUAGAGAUCAUUAUCUCCUUGAGGUCAGCAUUGAGUACGACCCGCUAUUUAAAGAGUGUGUCGGUUAGUUAACGGUGACAAACGUUUGCCGUGGGCAAGGACUAGACCUGUACCAUCAUACAGAAAACAGUUUUAACCAGAAGACAGCACAGAGCAUAUACAGUCAGACGCUGGAGUCUUGAAGACCAAGUGUUCGAGGACUUCCUUUUCUUCUUUAUCCGUAGUCAGUCAGAAUCUUGCUUUCAGAGAAGCUAACAACAUGGCGUCAGAAAAUCCGCAGAAGCUAGCAGACGACACAGGAUCUGAGGCUUUCAUUGGCGAGACUGGAAGUUUGAACUUUCUCGGAGACGAUCCUCGGCCUUUGAAUUAUACCCUCGAAGGAUGGGCACUCCCCCCGAAACGUCCACGAUUGACGAGUUGGGAGACUCACAUCGCUAACCUUCGUUCUCUGCAGCUCCGUGACGACGACAUUUUCCUCUGCGCCUAUCCUAAGGCAGGCACUCACUGGCUGUGGGAGGUGCUGUCUAUGCUGGUGCGGGGCACAGCCGAGUACGACAGUCGUCCUAAGGAACAGUUGAUGAUGGAGUUCAGUGACUUUGACAAACUACAGCAAAUCCCCUCCCCCAGGAUGUUCAACUCACACCUACCGUUCUCCAUGUUACCAUGGAAGCAGAUAAAGGAGAAAAGGUCAAAGGUGCUACACGUGUACCGAAAUCCCAAAGAUUCGUGUGUGUCAUAUUUUCAUCACAUGAAAGGAAGAGAUGGCGACUUGUUCAAUGACAUGGUCUUCAGCGAUUAUCUGGAGCUGUACUUCUACGGAAAGUUACACUUUGACAACUACUUCGAGUACAUGAAGCAAAUGUAUGCAUUCACUCGAGACAAUCCAGAUGUACCUAUACUUUCUCUGUCUUUUGAAGACAUGAAAAAGAACCCCGCACAAAAUGUAAAGAAGUUGGCAAAAUUCCUGGAGAUCGACAUUUCCGAUGCGAUUUGUGAAGACAUUGCUGAGGCAUGCAACUUUGAGAACCUGAAGAAGAAUGCAGAGUUCAAAACCCGCGACCAUCCUCCUCAUCAUCAUCCCAACAGAGAAGUCAAUGGCGACGAACAAAGAAAACCUAGACACUCAAGAUCUUACAGAAAAGGAGAGAUUGGCGACUGGAAAAACUACUUUACAGUAGCUAUGAGUGAAAGAGUUGACCCAUUCAUAGAGAAGCAGAUGGAAGGCCUUCCUUACAUCCUCCAGUACUCAUAAAGAACUAAAUCCAGACUCAUCACUGCAAUAUUUCGAGUGUUAAAAUGGCGAUCAGUGGCUACUGUAUUCCAGAUGGCGGUGACUAAUAGCUGGCUACAAUAUUACUGGUGUGAACAAUAGAUGUCAAGAGUGACUAGUAAUCUGAAGAUUUAUAGAUAACAUUUCAACCCUCAUAAAAUUUUCCGAUAAGGCCGAGGCACUAUAUUAUGUGGAAUAAUAUGCCACGGGACUACAGGUAGAGCGGUUUCGGAAAAAAAAGGCAUGAACAACAUGUAAUAAAAAUAGCUCUGGUUUA